GAACCGGGCACGUGCCAGGAGAAGCGCCGCCGUUCGCUCCUCGAUCUACUAGGAGGCGAAGGAAGCAAGGGUCUUCAGGAAAUCCGUGAGCGUCGCCGUCUGCGCCUCCUCCAUGAGCUGGAGAAUCUCAGGAGGAAAUGAGGGUUGCGGUCGCCGUCUGCGCCUUCUUCGUGAGCGGGGGAAUCUCAGGAGGAGAUGAGGGUCUUGUGGUCUUGCUGUGAGAGAGAGACAGAGGGAGGAGGGCGCCGUGGUUGUGCGUUGGGGAGCAGAGGUUGUGGGGAGGAGGGUGAAUUAGAUAGAUAGAGAGGUAGAUAGAUAUGUGUAUGUACUUGUAAGUAUAUACGUGCAUAUACGUGUAUACAAGCAUAUAUAUGUACACAUGGUCAUAUUCAUAAAGGUGUAUACACUCACACACAUAAACACACACACAGACACGGCCGUACACACACACACACACACACAAACACACACACACACACAUACACACACAAACACAAACACAAACACAAACACAAACACACACACACACACACACACACACACACACACAAUUAUUAACACAAAACAGACAAACAAGCAAACAAGAUGUAUCAUUGUCGCGUUGUCUUGAAUACUAUUUUCAUUACAUAAUUUCUUGAUAAAAUGAUAUGACACCGAAAAAAAACACUCUCUGUUAUUCAUUUUCAUUUAUACAUUUUUUAUAUACAUUCGUCACCAUUAAUUAAGUUGUUAUUUAAUAUUAUCGAAGUGGGUGUUUGGAUAAUUAUGAUGAGAUUAUCAUUAUCAGAUAUGAGAUUAUCAUGAGAUUAUCUGUUAUUCAUUUUCAUUUAUACAUGUUUUAUAUACAUUCGUCACCAUUAAUUAAGUGUGUUAAGGGUGUUUGGAUAAUUAUGAUGAGAUUAUCAGCAAAGAGGUAUUUCUAUUGCUGUUGAUUAUUGAAAUUAUGACAUUUGUUUUUUUGGAGAAUAAAAAUGGUCUCACUGAGAAA